GAGAGUAGUGUUUUAAUUGUGCGCACACACACACACACACAUUGCUUGCCUCUUCCGCGGCUUGAAGAUAUCCUGCCGACAUCUGUAGAAUAAACACGUAUCGUCUUCCUUGUUUCAAUCAUGGAUCUCAGCCAGUCUACGGAUUAAAAGAAGUUACGCCACAGAUCGGACGGAGGGAAGGAAGGUUUUGGGUUGGGAGGGAGAAAUUGUUUUUAGAUCUGAAACGGAAAUCAAUCAUGGGGUUCUUCAGCACAGUUCUAGGGUUUUGCGGAUUUGGGAUAGGGAUAUCCAUGGGACUUGUCAUCGGAUACUUCCUUUUCGUCUACCUCCAGCCCAACGACGUCAAGGAUCCAGAUAUUAAAUCGAUAGCAGACCAAGAUCCCAAAGCCAUGCUCCGGAUGCUUCCUGAGAUUCCUCUCUGGGUCAAGAAUCCCGACUUCGACCGUGUUGACUGGAUUAACAAGUUCCUCCAGUACAUGUGGCCUUAUCUCGACAAGGCAAUCUGUAAGACUGCAAGGAAUAUAGCAAAGCCCAUCAUCGAGGAGCAGAUUCCCAAGUACAAGAUUGACUCUGUUGAUUUUGAAACUCUUACUCUUGGCUCUUUACCUCCUACCUUUCAAGGCAUGAAAGUUUAUCUCACUGAUGAGAAAGAGUUGAUUAUGGAACCUUGCUUGAAGUGGGCUGCUAAUCCCAAUAUCUUGGUCGCCAUCAAAGCUUUUGGCCUCAAGGCUACCGUUCAGGUGGUCGAUUUGCAAGUUUUUGCCCAGCCUCGUAUCACUCUCAAGCCACUAGUCCCAAGUUUUCCUUGUUUUGCCAGCAUUUAUGUUUCUCUUAUGGACAAGCCACACGUUGACUUUGGCCUCAAGCUUGGUGGAGCUGAUCUUAUGUCUAUCCCUGGCCUCUACAGAUUUGUCCAGGAGCAAAUCAAGGAUCAAGUUGCCAAUAUGUAUCUCUGGCCUAAGACCCUUGUAGUUCCAAUCCUUGACCCUGCCAAGGCGUUUAGAAGGCCGGUUGGAAUCGUCCAUGUGAAAGUCGUGAGGGCUGUUGGGCUGAGGAAGAAAGAUAUGAUGGGUGGGGCAGACCCAUACGUGAAGAUCAAGCUCUCUGAAGACAAGAUUCCGUCUAAGAAGACCACUGUCAAACACAAGAAUUUGAACCCUGAAUGGAAUGAGGAACAUAAGUUCUCAGUCAGAGAUCCCCAGACUCAGGUCCUAGAGUUCAGUGUGUAUGACUGGGAACAGGUUGGGAAGCACGAUAAGAUGGGUAUGAAUGUAUUACCGCUGAAAGAAAUGGUGCCUAACGAACAUAAAAGCUUCACCCUAGAACUGCGCAAGACUCUGGAGGGAGCUGAAGAAGGAGUGCAGCCUGACAAGGAUAGGGGGAAGCUGGAGGUUGAGCUUUUGUAUAAGCCAUUUACAGAAGAAGAAAUGCCAAAGGGCUUUGAGGAAUCGCAAUCAGUGCAGAAGGCUCCAGAAGGCACACCGGCUGGUGGAGGAGUGCUUGCGGUGAUAGUGCAUUCAGCUGAAGACGUUGAAGGUAAGCACCAUACCAAUCCCUACGUGCGCAUCUAUUUCAAAGGAGAGGAGAGGAAAACCAAACAUGUGAAGAAGAACAGAGACCCGAGGUGGGAGGAGGAGUUCACCUUCAUGCUCGAGGAGCCACCAGUGCGCGAGAAGCUGCACGUGGAAGUACUGAGCACCUCUUCCAGGAUAGGUCUCUUGCAUCCCAAGGAAACACUGGGGUACGUUGACAUUCCGGUGGUGGACGUGGUGAACAACAAAAGGAUGAAUCAAAAGUUUCACCUUAUCGAUUCCAAGAACGGAAAGAUCCAAAUCGAGCUCGAGUGGCGAACCACCUCUUAGAUUUCGAGAAGAGAAGAGAAUAUUUGUUUUAUGUUGUGAUAAACUCUGUGUUAUUAUUGUUGUUGUUGUACACUAUGGGCCUUUAACUCUUAAAACCAGAACCAGACAUCGGAUUUGCAAAGCCCCCUUUAUCAUUUACAUGUUUGUGUCUUUCGCCUCUUCUAU